UCGGCUCAAGCAGACACGUCUCAAGCGACAUUUUGUGAGUAGAGAUGGCUGAGGAAGAGGGACAGGAAGUCAUCUUCACUGAGAACACUGCGCCGGACCGCGAGAUUUGGGAUGAGAAGGGUGGUUUGAUCAAGAAGGGCGCGGCGGAGAUUGCCGAACGCGAUCAGGACCACGUGCCGGAAGUGAAGGUCCUGACGACCCUUGGGAUGUUCGCGGUGCCGGUGACGGCGGAGACCACAGUGGGGGAGAUCCGGCAGAAGGUUCAGGAGUGGAAGCCCGAAUAUUCGCUGGAACAGAUCGAGCUGGUCUGCAAGGACAAGGACGCCUGGGGCCCCUUGUUCAACAAGACCUCCCGCCCCCGCGACGACGAUGAGACGGUGGAGUCUCUGUGGAGCGACUGGGACAUUCCGCGACGUAUGAUGCAGGUGGCCCUGUGGAUUAAGGAGAAGAACGAGGAGACUGGUGAGUGGGAGAGCACCUUCUGGAAGAUGUUGGAGGAAUCCAAAUGCGACGAUUGGAGCUUCCAGGGCCACACCAUCUGAGGGACCCCGGAGGUAUCCCAGAACCGUCGAUCUUUUUUUGGGACUCUGUGGCGAGGAGUGAUUCUCCAGACAUUCAUAUAUGGACUGUUGUAUGAUAAAAAAGUGUUGCAAUGAAACCAGCGCUUUAGAAUUUGAAGUCGUUUUCACCUGUGAUUUUCCCAUGUUGAUCAGCUUGCCCAGCUGUGCCGAGCUCUUUAUCAACUGCGCACCAGCCGCACGGCUGGUGCUGAGCCGCUGAGCUGUGUCUCUUCCGAAAA